AAUCAUUCCCUUCACGUUUUCUGAGUAUUAGCUGCUUCACACACUUUCCCAACUCCCAAACAGAUCUCUCUCUCCUUAUUUUCUCUUCCUUUUCUCUCUGGAAAAUCACUGAAGAAAAAAGGCCCUUGGAACCCUAGAAAUAGACCUAUAGUGAAUGUUUAGUAUUAAAAUUAAUCACAUUUUUGUUUAGUGUUUUUUUUAGAUCUCUUGAUAAUUUGCUUUCUUUAGGUUUCUUUUUUCUUUUCAGUUUUUGGUUUCUUAUCUUUGAAGCUUCGUCUAGCCUUUAUUCAUCUUUCCACAAUGAACGACCUUCUAUCGGAUUCAUUUGAGAUCCCUAGAGGUCAAGGUCAAGGAUCUCAUGGUGGGGAUAUCGAAUUAGGAGCUCAAGCAAAUGCAGAUGAACUAGGCCUUCAAAAUUUCUUUAAAAAGGUUCAAGAGAUAGAUAAACAAUAUGAGAAGCUGGACAAGCUACUCAAAAAGCUUCAGGAUGCACAUGAGGAAUCAAAAGCAGUGACUAAGGCUCCUGCCAUGAAAUCUAUUAAGCAGCGAAUGGAAAAAGAUGUUGAUGAAGUUGGAAAAAUAUCUCGUUUUGUAAAGGGGAAAAUUGACGAAUUGGACCGAGAGAAUUUAGCGAAUAGGCAGAAGCCUGGAUGCGGAAAAGGAACAGGUGUAGACCGGUCAAGGACGUCAACAACUCUUGCUGUGAAAAAGAAGUUGAGGGACAAAAUGGCUGAAUUUCAGACUCUGAGGGAAACCAUCCAUCAAGAGUAUCGGGAUGUUGUUGAGAGACGUGUUUUCACAGUGACGGGCACUAGGCCUGAUGAAGAGACAAUUGAAAAAUUGAUUGAUACUGGAGAUAGUGAACAAAUAUUCCAGAAAGCAAUUCAGGAGCAGGGACGAGGCCGGAUAAUGGACACCGUAUCUGAAAUUCAUGAGCGCCAUGAAGCAGUUAGAGAUUUGGAGAAAAAGCUUCUUGAUCUACAACAGAUAUUUUUGGACAUGGCGGUUCUGGUUGAUGCACAAGGAGACAUGCUUGACAACAUAGAAUCUCAGGUCUCAAGUGCAGUAGAUCACGUGCAGUCAGGGAAUACCGCUCUCCAAAGAGCUAAGAGCUUGCAGAAGAACUCUAGGAAGUGGAUGUGCAUUGCUAUUAUCAUCCUUCUCCUAAUUGUUGUAAUUAUCGUCGUUGCGGUGAUCAAGCCCUGGAGCAGUAACAAAGGUGCUUAGAUUGUGUCUUCAAUUUGUUAUAUAUAAUCUUUAUAUGCAUACACAUCAUAGGAAUUCCAUCAAUUAUAUUGUUAUGUCGGCCGUUGAUGUGAAUAAUUUGAGGUCUAUAUUACGAACUCCGAUUGUCCUUGUUUGGUUUGAUUACUGUGGUGAUGGAAGUUUGAAAAAUAUUAUGUUGUUUUGAUAUCAUGGUUCGUGGUUGAUUUGCAAUAUAGAUGUGUUUUCAAUUUUCA